UGAAAACAUAUUAAUUAAUUAGUUAAAAAAAAAUAAAGUGCGGCUAAAAGUGAAAUUUCAUUAACUAAAAUAUUAUAUGCACUAUUUUAGUUUAGGUUUUUAGUUACAUAAAGAUAGAUGAAACGUUGAAAUAUGGAUUUAUUGAAAAUACAACAUGAAAUAUCAGAAUGUAAAUUCUUUGAUGCUUUGUACAAAAGAUCUUUAAUAAACCAUCAGAGCUUUCGUUUAUCGCAUGGAAAACAAGCGGAGGCAGUUUACCAGAAUAUAGCCCAGAAAAUAAAUAAACAACAAUCUCAAGAGGAAGGGCUAAUUCUGUUACAUUGCUUUCUUACACAAUGUAAUUUGGAUAUUAUUGAACAAAAAGGAAUUAUGUGGACAACAACUUGUCUGAAAAUCUGCAGCCAAAAUAGAGGAAACUCUUUGGUAUCUCUAGCAUAUGAAAUACUGGGUAUUUUACUUGAAAAGUCAUGUAACAUUCCAGAAUUGGCAAAGUCUUUUUCUGGAAAUUAUGUUGGAAAAAUAUGCGAAAUGUUGCGUUUAUCUGAACCUAAUUCAUAUCUUUCAACACUAAAGUGUUUAUCAAUUUGUUUGAAAAAUUAUCCUGGUUCUUGCGGAGGUGGUUCACGUAACUUAAUUGAGCAGUUUCUAAUUAAGAACUUCGUUGAUUCUUCUGAACAAAACUUCGUUAAACUGUCUGGAAUAUGCUUACAUUUACUUCAGCAAGUUAAAGGAGGGUCAGCAUUCGGUAAUAGCCAAAAAGUUUCUUGGAAAACCUAUCAGUUAAAACUUUUAGGUUCGUUGCACAAUAUCCUAGAUUUGCUGUUCAUUAACUGUGCUGAGUAUUUUGAUUUUGAAAAGGAAGAAUAUAAUUUGGAUUUAUAUCCGUUGAAUUUAAGUGACGAACCUUUGUCGAGAACCGGUCAACUGACGACAAGAUUUAAGAAUCUUGUAAAUUACUUAAUGAUUGCAAUAAGAGAUCCAUUUCCUGUUUCAAAAGCCAUACAACCAAGGAAAAUUUUAAAUUUAAUUGCAAGAGGACUGCAUAUCACGUGUGAUAAUUUAAAACAAAAUUUAAUUUUGGAUAACAUAGUGUUAGGUGCAGUUUUGCCCGACAUUCAACUUGAAUUAUAUAAACUUUUGUCAACUCUAAUUUUGACAUUGAAAAAUCAUUUAAAUAUUUAUCAAACACAAGUCUUAUCUUUGAUUACUGAUUCUUUGAAGUGGACCUCUACCGGAAAGUAUGAUGGUUUUAAAAAACCGUAUAGCGACCUUCGAAUUGCCAUCUACAAUACUUUAGUGAUAUGGUGUCAAACAAUGAAGUUUGGCAGUUGCUGUGAACUAGUAUUUGAACAAAUUUUUAGAGAAAUUGAAAAUGACAUUACGCCUUUUCAAAAUGAAAUGAUGUUACAAGUCUUAAAUGAUAGCAAGAGACACAUAUCUAAGAAAAUUAGACGCCAACUACAGAAAACUCAAAAUGAAAGAACUCACUUGGCACAACUUCACAUGAGUGGAAUAAAGAGCGCACAAUCAACUUACAAUAAUGAACAAAACCAAAAUAUUUGCUUUAUAGCAUUAACGGCUUUGAAAUAUGCUUAUAUUUAUUGCUCUUGCUUUGUGAAACCGCUUAUUAUAAAAGAAAUUCAAGAAAAAAUUAUUAAUCUAUGUUUAACAUUAUUUGAAACUAGAACUUCGAAAAUUUCGCUAUAUUCAAAUAGUUUAUGCCGUGAAAAAUUAUAUGAAAAUUUGAGUGUAUUAGUUGUUUCACCACAUUGCUUAUGUCCACCACCAACCUCCAUGAUUAUUCAACUUCUAAUAGAAGGACAAACAAAUGAUUAUUGCAGCAGAGUUAGAAAAUGUUGUACUGAUCGUUUAAUAUUUUUGGAAAAAAUUUUACAUCCUCAGAAGCAUUCUUUGUAUUUCCCUCCGGAACUGAAUAAUAUGAAAAGCGCACUUGAAAUUCGAGAACAAUCAUAUGAUAGUGAAAAUGACGUAGAAAAUAUUUCGUGUGUUUUCAGUGAGAAUCUCGGGAAUCAAGAUGAAAUUCUUGCAGAACCAAAAGCCAGUACAUUUACUUCAACAAGCCCCAUCAAUCAAACUCUUAACGAUUUUGUAAAAAAUGACAAAAUAAUAGACGAAGAGGAAAAUGUACUUUUAGAAAAAGAGAAUAAUGUAGAAAUUUUUGUGCCUACUGAUAAAGUCCAACCUAACGCAUCGGUAGAAGAAUGCAAUAACAGUUUUUCAGAAAACAUAACUAUUGAUUGUGGACAAAACAUUACAGAAAAUACAGAAAAUAUAUUAAAUUGCGAUACAAAAGCAAUCCCUUGCCCUAAAAAACGAAUGUUGCAUAAGCAUAUGCAAAAGUGUUCCGAAGACGACGAAUUGAAACUAGACCAGUCAGAUAUUUCAAAUUUUCCAAAGCGUGUCAGAAUUGACAAUGAUGUUAUCGAGAAUGUAGCUGUUGUAAAUAGUGAUACGGAGUUGAAUGAAACAUCUAAGGAUAAAAAUUUGCUAGACCAGAUCCUUGCGACUUUCACAGAUGAACUAAAUGAAGAAUAAAUUUAAU